GAGAAAAAAAUUUGGGGGCUUUACCCUCCAGAAGUGCCACCUCUCGACACUCUCCCCUCCCAACUCACAGCUCGGAAGUUUUUUCAAAUAGUUGUCAUUAAAAAAGGCGCCGAAAUAGCCCAAAAAUAUGGAAAAAAUAUGAUAACCUAUGUUGGACCAUUUCCCUUUUUGGUCACCACAGAUCCUGAGGUUGUAAGGGAUGUUAUGACAUCAAAGUUGAGUAUAGAUAAGCCAAGCCUAUUAUAUGAUGGUUUUAGUAACGGCAUCGGUGAAGGUUUGAUCAGUUUGCAAGGAAACCAUUGGAGUAAAAAUCGCAAGGUUUUCAAUGUACCUUUCAAAAUUGGCAGUUUGCUUCAAUUUAUGAAAAUAUUCAAUAAGAAAGCCAAUGAUCUAAUCGAAAAAUGUGACAACGAUAUAGAGAGUGGCAAAAAUACACACUUGAUAUAUUUUCUACGAGAAAUGUCGUUUAGUAUUGCAAUGGAAACAGUAAUUGGAAGACGCUUUGGCCCUGACGAAGUCGAUUUGAAAAAUUAUGUCGAACGCUGCGCUCUCGGCAUGGAAUAUGUUGGUGAAUUGGCCUCCAAUUUUAUUUAUUUAAAUUGGUUCAUUCGAAAACUCGCCAAAAUGACUAUUUAUAAGGAAGCUUCAAAUAUGAUCGAUUUCCUGAGCAAUUUCUUAAAAGAGUCUUUGGAUAAUUACAAAAACUUGCGUGGAACUGAUCCAUCUUACCUUGAGAAUACCAACACCAUAAUGGAACAUGUUGAUAAAGCAAUGCAGGAAAACAAAUACGAUGGUAAAGAUGCAGUACCAGAUCUUAUGCACGUAUUUGUGGGAUCCUUUGAAAGUACGGCAGCGACUAUUUAUUUUACAUUUAUAUUGCUUGCAAUACAUCCGGAAAUUCAACAACAGGCCUAUGAGGAAAUAUGCAGCAUCCUUCCAAACGACAUUGAUGGGGAGUCUGAAGUGACGUAUAAGGAUACAAACCAAAUGGUUUAUCUUGAUAUGAUUGUAAACGAAGUAUGGAGACUUUUUCCAGUAAUACCCACAAUAGGGCGUGAGGUAACUGGAGGCAAUCUGACACUUAGCAAUGGAGUGGUAUUACCCAAAGGUCAAAGAAUUAUGAUUGACAUAUACAAUUUGCAUCACAGCAAGGAGAUCUGGGGUGUCGAUGCUGACAAAUUCAAUCCGGAUAAUUUUCUUCCAGCCAACGUCGAAAAUAGGCAUCCUUUCGCUUUUAUACCAUUUGCAAAGGGUAUUCGUAAUUGCAUUGGUAUGCGUUAUGCGGAAAUGACUGUUAAAGUUUCAUUGACCAAAUGUCUUAAACGAUACAAAUUCUCAUCGAAUGCGAGAAUGGAGGAUUUAGUUUGUGAAAAUCAUGUUGUACUACAAAUGGUUAAAUUUCCACACAUGACUAUUGAAAGGCGAAAGAAGUCAUAGAUUAUGAAUAGAAAUAAUUUUUAGCUUAAAUAAACGUUAAUGAUUCGUUUAA